AAGUCUAGUGCCCGGCGUUGCGAGCCCAAGCCCUGAUUUAGUGUGUGAACGUGUGUGUGAGUGUAUGUGUCCAGCAUAUAGAAUGGACUGAGCAUCAUAUACGCAAGACGCUCGCCCACAGUAGAGAGAUAUAAUUAUAUAAGAUAUAACCUCGUCGCUUGCCGGUCGCCGAUCUCGUUCCUCAUUCGUCGGAUACACGUGCUUGGCGUGCUUCAAGCCAUGCCAAGGCCAAGGAAAACAAAAAGUGAGGGUAAUACACCAACGACGACGGCAUUGUCGUCGCCGUCUUCUUCGUGCCACGUAAGGACGGCGGCGACGGCGGCGGCGAUGUCAUCGCCGUCGCCGUUACCAUCGCUACCUUCGCACCAACCGCCUCAAAAGAAAGUGAUUACGGCGGCAUCGUCAUCGCCGACGCCGCCGCCGCCAUUGCCAUUACCACCGCUUUCUUCGCAUCAACCGCCUUAUGAAAAAACGACAGCAAUGUCGUCGUUACCACCACCGUUACCUUCGUCGCAUUACGCAAGGAACACGACGGUAAGGUCGCCGUCGCCGCCACCACCGUUACCUUCGUCGCAUUACGCAAGGAACACGACGGUAAGGUCGCCGUCGCCGCCACCACCGUUACCUUCGUCGCAUUACGCAAGGACAACAUUGACGUUAACGUCGCCGUCUCCGCCAUCGUCGCAUUACGCAAGGAAGACGAAAAUGGUAACGUUGUCGCCGUCGCGUUACGCCAGAAGGUCAGAGGAGGAGUUUCCAUCAUCCUAUGAAAGAACGACAAGGUCAUCGUCGUCGUCGCAUCACGCAAGGAAAACGGCAGCAAUGCCGCAACCGGAAGGGCAAUUUAUACAAAAAUUUCAAGAAGCUUGUGAUAAAAGAUCUGUCAUUCAUGACAUGAAUUUAAGAUUUUGGGUUUUGGAAGCAAAAGAUCAAGUGGACCUACCCAAAUUCAAGUCCAUGACUUGGUUCAACGAAGUCUAUCUACUGAAUACUGGCCGUAAAAGCAUACUUCUACUCGACUCAUGGACGGGAUAUUGCCCAAGCCAGCUAGAGCUGUUGAUUCCACAAGAUAAAGAGAUACAAUUUGCAACCAUUCCAAAGAAGACGACGAGUAUCAUUCAGCCUUUGGAUCUAUAUGAUUUCCGGAUUUGGAAUAAUUUCGUGCGAACAUUUUCGGAUAAUAUAAUUCUUCAAGAGAUUGAUAUCAAUUUGCACUCCCCAAAGCCUCUAGUUCAGCGAAUAAAGCAAUUUAAUGGUUGUUAUGGAUGUAGUUAUUGUACUCAUCCUGGUUAUGGCCUAAUGCCAUCUGCUGAGCCUGAUACAAGUCCAAUUACAGUUAAAUAUGCUAUGGAUAUAGGUGAUAAUUUUGUUGUCAAUAUGCUUCAAGAUAAUAGUCUUACUUACACCGUGACGCGAAUUGAAAAUGCUACUAAUAACAUAAAAAUAUACGAGGUUGAAGAUCGAAUUAAUAACGAUAUCAGGAAAGAUAUGUUACAGGUUGAGCAAACUGGUAUUGAAAUUUGUGGCGUUAAAGGUGUUAGUCCUGUUAGCAGUUCUUUUUAG